AUGAACCCCCCGUCGGCAGCCGGCGAGGACAAGGGGGCUGCAGGCAGCGGCAGCUGCUGCCGAGGAGCCGAGGGCGGAGGGGACACGAGGAGCGCGGCGGCUGCUGCCGAGGAGGAGAUGGGAGUCGCCGGCCAGAAGGAAGAGUCCCUGGAAGAAAAGCUGAGGAACUUAACCUUCAGGAAGCAAGUGUCCUACAGGAAAGCAAUCUCCAGGUCAGGCCUCCAGCAUCUGGCUCCUGUGCACUCCCUCAACAUCGCAAUCUCCAAUGGGCCAGGGAAGGAGCCAAGAACAACACUAGAAUGGAGUGAGAAUGCAGUGAAUGGAGAGCACCUGUGGCUGGAGACUAAUGUCUCUGGGGACCUGUGUUACCUGGGGGAGGACAGUUGCCAAGUCAAAUUUGCAAAAUCGGCUCUCCGACGGAAGUGUGCUGCCUGCAAGAUUGUGGUCCACAAUGCGUGCAUGGAACAGUUAGAGAAGAUUAAUUUCCGGUGCAAACCAACUUUCCGAGAGGGGGGCUCCAGAUCUCCAAGAGAAAACUUUGUCCGACAUCACUGGGUGCAUAGGCGGAGGCAAGAAGGGAAGUGUAAGCAGUGUGGAAAGGGAUUUCAGCAAAAAUUCUCCUUCCACAGUAAAGAGAUUGUGGCCAUCAGUUGUUCCUGGUGCAAGCAGGCGUUUCACAACAAAGUCACCUGCUUCAUGUUACAUCACAUUGAGGAGCCGUGUUCCCUGGGGGCUCAUGCUGCUGUCAUUGUGCCUCCCACCUGGAUCAUUAAGGUGAAGAAAGCUCAGGUGGUCUCCAUACCAGGAGACGAGCCUGAUUGGGAAGGAGACUGGAGCCCCGGAGGGAAAACGGGCGUCUCCUACCCCUAUUGGGAGGGUUGGCAGAACUCAUUAAAAACUUCAACCCGGCGGAAGAAGAGAACAUCCUUUAAAAGAAAAGCCAGCAAGAGAAGCAAUGAGGAAAACAAAGGAAGACCAUUUGUGAUAAAGCCCAUCUCUUCGCUGCUCAUGAAACCACUGCUGGUGUUUGUCAAUCCAAAAAGUGGAGGGAAUCAGGGCACUAAGGUUCUCCAGAUGUUCAUGUGGUAUUUGAAUCCACGCCAAGUUUUCGAUCUCUCUCAGGAAGGGCCAAGAGAUGCACUCGAACUGUACAGAAAAGUGCCAAAUCUGCGAAUCCUGGCCUGCGGUGGGGAUGGAACGGUGGGCUGGAUCCUCUCCAUUCUGGAUGAGCUACAGCUCAGCCCCCAGCCUCCUGUUGCCGUCCUUCCCCUUGGCACUGGGAAUGACCUUGCUCGCACCCUCAAUUGGGGAGGGGGUUACACAGAUGAGCCUGUCUCGAAGAUUCUCUGUCACGUAGAAGACGGGACUAUUGUCCAGCUGGAUCGCUGGAACCUCCAGGUGGAACGAAACCCCGAUUUGCCGCAGGAAGAAAUUGAGGAUGGGGCACGUAAGCUUCCACUCAGUGUCUUCAAUAAUUACUUCAGCCUUGGAUUUGAUGCACAUGUCACGCUGGAAUUCCAUGAAUCCCGAGAAGCAAAUCCAGAGAAAUUCAACAGUCGCUUUCGAAAUAAAAUGUUUUAUGCUGGGGCAGCCUUUUCAGACUUCCUGCAGAGAAGUUCCAGAGAUUUAUCCAAACAUGUUAAAGUUGUGUGUGAUGGAACAGACCUGACCCCAAAGAUUCAGGAGCUGAAGUUCCAGUGUAUAGUGUUUUUAAAUAUACCCAGGUAUUGUGCUGGCACAAUGCCCUGGGGUACCCCCAGCGACCACAGAGACUUUGAACCUCAGCGCCAUGAUGAUGGUUACAUUGAGGUCAUUGGGUUCACUAUGGCCUCUCUGGCUGCUCUUCAGGUGGGAGGCCAUGGAGAAAGAUUGCAUCAGUGCCGGGAAGUGACUCUGUUAACAUACAAGUCUAUCCCCAUGCAAGUGGAUGGGGAGCCAUGUCGACUGGCUCCAUCUCUCAUUCGGAUCUCCCUAAGGAACCAGGCCAAUAUGGUGCAGAAGAGCAAGAGGAGAACAUCCAUGCCUUUACUCAAUGAUCCUCACUCCAUCCCAGACCGCCUGCGGAUCCGAGUGAACAGGAUUAGUUUACAAGAUUACGAGGGGCUGCAUUAUGACAAGGAAAAACUGCGAGAAGCCUCCAUACCUCUGGGAAUUAUAGUUAUACGAGGAGAUUGUGACUUGGAGGCCUGUCGUAUGUAUAUUGACCGGCUACAAGAGGACCUGCAGUCGGUAACUUCUACUACGCAGAGAGUUCACUACCAGGAUCAGGAAGGUUCCUUCCCACGAGUACUUUCUGUUCAGAGGCUCUCUCCUAGAUGGUGCUUCCUAGAUGCAACUUCUGCGGAUCGUUUUUACUGCAUUGACAGAUCUCAGGAACAUUUGCACUUUGUGACGGAAAUUUCUCAGGACGAGAUUUUUAUCCUGGACCCAGAGCUGGUGAUAUCACAGCAGGUGGGGACGCCGCCAGGAAUGCCUGAUCUGGUAGUGGAGCAGGCCUCUGGAAUAUCAGAUCGGUGGAACCCUGCAGUCCGAAAGCGGAUGCUGAGUGACAGUGGCCUUGGCAAGAUUUCCCCGCACUACGAGGUACCCGACAAACAAAAGGACGCCAGCCAGACACACAUGCUGCAGCCACCCGUCUCUUCAGAAGAUCAAGCACUUUUACAAGCAGUAAUAAAUGGUGAUCUUCUAAAGUUCAUAGAAUGCUGUAAGAGAGGAGCUAAUUUGUUAAUCCAGGGACCUGACUGCUGUUCCUUGCUUCACCAUGCUGCCAAGACUGGGCACCUUGAAAUUGUGAAAUACAUCUUAGAACAUGGUCCAUCAGAAUUAUUGGAUAUGACAGACAGUGAAACGGGUGAGACAGCGUUGCACAAGGCGGCCUGCCAGCGCCAUCGUGGCAUCUGCCAGCUCUUGGUGGAUGCGGGAGCGUCUCUAAGAAAUACAGAUUCCAAGGGUCAGACACCUAGAGACAAGGCUCAGCAAGCUGGGGACUCAGAUCUGGCCUCCUACCUGGAGAGUCGUCAGAACUACCAGAUGGUUUCCCACGAGGAUCUGGAGACUGCAGUUUGAUGUCCGUGAAGGGGAAGAGAAUCCUAGGAAAUAACAAGGCUGCACCUGAGACACUCAGGCAUUGUAUGAGGAAGAAGCUGAUGGAAUCAACGUGUCUCUCGCUCUCAUGCAAAAUAUCUGAGGACAUGCCACCAGUUUCUAAGGGCUAAUGAGUCUUGCCACGGAACUGUUGUGUUCCCAUGUGAUGGCCCAUUGGGGAUGAGGUGAAACACUCAAAGGUCUGUGGAAUCCAUAGACCACGGAAAUUUACCCUUACUGCUUCCAGCAAGUAGCAUGAACUUCUCCCAUGUUCAUCUGUACAAUUUAUUUAAAAAAAAGAAAAAGGGAGGAAAAAAACCAAACUAACUUGGGCUAGCUGACUAACAUGGCUACCCCUCUGAUACAAACUAACUUGGACAUUAAUAAACCCAACGAACCCCUUCCUCCAUUCCUACCGUGCCCUACAUUCCUUCCUCUCCCAUCCUACUCAUUUGUCACCAAUUAAAUAAUAUCUGUUAUCUCUGUAUUAAUUCUUCACAAAUGGACAGGUGAUAGGCAAGACUUUGAGGAUCUCUGGAUGCCCUUAGAAAAAAAUGACUUUUGAACCUGUUCAGUCCUCACCUACUGUUCCCUCAGAAGUUGAAUUCUCAGUGUUGAAUUGCCAGGGAGCUUGUUUUUCUCUUUUGGAACAAAUUCUUUCUACUGCCCUGUUCUAUGGGGUGCUGGAUCCAGCUAGCUUUACAGCACUGACAAGAGCUAGCCUUCUAUCUCUCUGAAUAGAUCUUAAAGGUGUCCUCAUGAAAUGAUAGGGAGUUGCUAUGUGACAUUUUGUGUUAUCUUCUGACAGACCACACAGUAACCAAUAAGAUGUCUCAUAUCGCCACUCUGCUGAUAAUGACAGACUGAUUCUGCUCAGGUCUGAAUCCUGCCUAUAAUUAGCCAUUUGGGGCUUCUGUCAAGUUGUGUUUUUAAGAUAGGGCAAGAUCAGAGUAUGAUGGAUGCAGUUGUGGUUGACUGACUUACUAGCGCUGCCACUUUGACUUACUGACUCUUUACAGUCAUAGAGACCAAAUGUAAAGCAUCAGCUGUCUGUCAAGCAGGAGCGGCGCAAGGGUUUUUGGCGCCUUAGGCGCAGGGCCGGCUCGCCAGUCCCGCGGCUCCGGUGGACCUCCCGCAGGCAUGCCUGUGGAUGCUCCACCAGAGCCGUGGGACCAGCGGACCGUCCGCAGGCACACCUGCAGGAGGUCCACCAGAGCAGUCUGCCACCCUCCCAAA